UUACAUCGUAAGCAUUGUAGUUUACAGACAAGAUUUGUGAAUACAGCAGGCGAGCCAGUCUUCAAAAUGGGGCCUCUGCCUACAGGUACCCGCACUCUGCACAUGAAGGAAAGUCAUGGCUCUGAUAUCAACAUGAUGAAAUUCUACAACACAACAAAUUCCACAUCAUACGGUAGAUACUGGGAAGCCUUCAAACCACGGCCAGGACGUCACACAGGCACAGGUUACCUCUCUAACUUCAGACCUGCAGUUUACUACAGUAAAAAGUUAGACGACGUAGACAAUCCAGUGCUUAGUGAUAUUUGUUCAAGAAAUUACCACAGUCUGACAGAAUUGCAUUUUCAACCAUACAAAGAAAACAGUGGCAAAGAAGCUCUUCCUGCAAAUGUUCAUCAAGUUGGAUCAGGCUUUGUACGACAGAAACCAGUCACAACACCUAUUGAGAAAGAGGUGAAUGGGGUGUUCAUAGAUACAAGGGCAGCUACUGCACCAACUAAUAUCCUGCCCAAGUCAGUACCACUUCUUCACAAACUCCGAUCUAAAGACCCUGUGGAACUGGAGAACUGUGGAUAUGGUCCAAAAUACAUGUUGUCAGAAACCAAACAAAGGUUUGUGGGUGACCAGCCUGACCGAAUGGAUGUGUCCACCAAGACCACUGGUCCAAAGGAAGAGUCUGGAUUCACACAUGCUUACAAUGUUGAGCCAAUUACCUUCAUCCCAGGCUCUUCUCACCAAAACGAUAAUCCUGGAUGGGAUACUGUGCGUCCUACAGGGAGCAGCAUAAUGAAGACACACUUCCUGCGAUCAGAAUACCCUCACGGAGAUGAGGUUCUGCCACGACUGGCUGUUGGGUCGGAGAGAGGAACAGGUUUUACACGUGAGAAGGCCAAGCCAUUGUAUGUACAGAGGGUCAUGGGAGAUGCAUAUGAUAAAGCAGGAAAUAUUCCAAAUCUGCGUUUGGAGAGGACUAAGAAGGCUGAUCCAACAGAGUAUCUCAAUAUGCAAAACCCAAACAACUACUCAAGCAUCACAAUGAAGACAUUCCAAGGUAAACAGAGACCAGACAACACCGAGGCUGACCGACUUGACAACACAAGUACUGGCAAACAGGAGCUGUCUGGCUAUAGUGAAAACAAUGAUAGAUUUGUGGCUACUGCUGAUGAGCCUCGCAGGUUUAUCACUCAUUAUCUCACCAGGUUUGGUCCAGACCCUAACCCACAGGGUAUAGAUCGUGCUGGACACACCAGGGGGGGAGUUCAACAGCAGAAACCAGAUGGAUUCACAAAAAGCACAGCUGUACAUGCCUAUGGUAAUGAUCUGGACACAACAGCCACACUAAGGAGACUGGAACCAUACGUCGCCAGGAGCAUCAAAGCCAGGGAUGUGUUUUAUGAUGAUCACCUCCAUGAUGCUAAAUCGUACCAGCUGCAGGCCUCGGCAUAAAAAGCACCAAACUUUUAAAAGUACUGAAGAAAAAAUGAAAUAUUCCAGACAUGGAAGGAAAAAGGAUUGGAUGUUGUUUAAAAUCUAUCAAUUAGCGAGGACAGUGCUAUUAAUUCUCAUUGUCUGAUUAGGAAAGAUGCAUGUUACUACAAUGAUUUAAUCAGACUUAUAACCUUGCUUCAUUGGUGGAACAUUCUCAAGUACAUGUUUAAAGGAUUCCUCAUAUUGCCUCACUAACUUUGUUUUCACCUGGGAACAUUUGAUACAUUGUGUGGGUAGAACAUGCACUUGAAGAGAAAUUUCAUUCCUUGUUUUUGCCAAAUUAUGAAAAAGGAAGGUAUCCAAGUUGUAAAGUGAAAAUUUAAACUUGAGGCAAAUAAAAUACUUUGAUUAAUGUAAAGGAAAUACUUAAAGAUUUGUUAGACAAAUAUACACUAAUAAAUGUAUUGUGUGAAGCCCAUUCCUUCCAGGUCACAGACUGACUGUCGGGGUAUAGUUCUACAAUCCUAAGUACAGAUGUAUGUCCGACACCAGUAUUACCUGUUUUCUCUAUCUCCCUAUAUAACGUUUUCUUUUGUUCAGAAUUUGGUUGUGAUCUGUUUUUCAUUGACUGAAAGUUUUGUUUACAUUCCCUGUGGACUUACGAUUAAUUUGUUAACUUAUUUUUUCUACCUGUUUUACAUGGAAGGGAGCUUUCUCCCAUUGUUACAAGUCUGCCAGUCUCUGCCUGUUUAACAACAUGUGGAGGGUAUUGUUAUAGUCUAUAAUCUUUGUCUCAUCAUUGUUUAUUUUUAAUGUUCAUUUCUUUAACAAGUUUAUAUAACAUGCUUUAACACUAAUCAUGUGUAUAGAUUUAUCUAUGAAAUGUUGUUUAUGGAAACUAUUCACAGAUAUCUAUGUUUAAAU